GAGCUCCAACAAGCGGAAGGAAGCGAUUCCUUCUUCAUCUUUGUAACUCCAGGGCUGGUGUAUGAUGUGUGUGUGCAUGGAAGGAUUCAUAUAUAGUUGAAUUAUUAAUUUUUACUCUGACAAAGUGUCAUAAUUAAAGUUAUUCCAAAGUCUUCUUCUUCUUCAACUUCUACCAUUUCUUCUUCUACUCACGUGGUUCUAAAGACUGGAUGCUACAACACAAGCAGUCACUAUUAGCAUCACACUGUGUUUACACACACAGACAGACACACACAUCGUGCUUCGUGUGUGAAGUUAACAUGUACACAUGUGUUAGUCUUUGUUUGGUUCUGAUUGUGUAUAGAAGCCACACCGAGUGUUUGUGUUGCUGCAGCAGAGAUGAACCGACAACACGAGCUCUGUCCACUAGAGGGCGUGCUGCCGCUCUGGAUCGUGACGUCUCCUCAGCCUCUGUUUCACCUCCUCUUCCUCAGAGUCAUCUCCAACUGUCAGUUCCGCUCCAAGACGUCCAGGUUGAAGACCUUCACGGCCAACCAGCUGGACGAGAUCAAGGAUCCUUCCGGUCUGUUCUACAUCCUUCCCUUCCAGAAGGGUUACCUGGUCAACUGGGAUGUCCAGAGGAAAGUGUGGGAUCAUCUGUUUGGAAAAGAGAUGUUCAAGGUGGAUUUUACAGACACCAGCAUCCUCAUCACGGAGCCGUACUUCAACUUCACCUCCAUCCAGGAGUCAAUGAAUGAGAUCCUGUUUGAGGAGUAUCAGUUCCAGUCGGCGCUGAGGACAAACGCCGGCUCUCUCAGCGCUCAUCACUACUUCCACACCAGACCCUCGGAGCUGUGCUGCCUCCUGGUGGACAGCGGCUUCUCCUUCACACACAUCGUGCCCUACUGCCGCAGCCGGAAGAUGAAGGAGGGGGUCCGCAGGAUCAACGUGGGAGGGAAGCUGCUGACCAAUCACCUGAAAGAGAUAAUUUCAUAUCGUCAGCUACACGUGAUGGAUGAAACUCAUGUGAUCAACCAGGUGAAGGAAGACGUCUGCUACGUCUCACAGAACUUCUGUAAGGACAUGGAGGUGGCUCAAAACAAGGCGGAGGAGAAUCCUGUGAUGGUGGAUUAUGUCCUUCCGGAUUUCAGCUCCAUUAAAAAAGGCUUCUGCAAGCCCCGGGAGGAGAUGGUGUCCACUGGAAAGUAUAAGACAGGAGAGCAGAUCCUGAGGUUGGUCAACGAGCGCUUCGCUGUUCCAGAGAUGCUCUUUCACCCGUCGGACAUCGGCAUCCAGGAGAUGGGCAUCCCCGAGGCCGUCGUCCACUCCAUCCAGUCUCUGCCAGAAGAGAUGCAGCCCCACUUCUACCAGAACAUCGUCCUGACGGGAGGAAACACCUUGUUCCCCGGCUACAGGCAGCGACUGGAGGCCGAGCUGCGGUCGCUCGUCCCGGCCCAUCUCCCCGUGUCCGUCCUGCAGCCUGCAGAUCCCAUCUGUCACUCGUGGGAGGGAGGGAAGCUCCUGGCCCACAACCCAGACUAUGACGAGAUGGUGGUGACCAGAGAGGACUAUGAAGAACACGGACACUGUGUUUGUGAAGACAAGUUUGACCUUUGACCUCUCCAUGGAACCUCAACUCCAGACUCUAUCAGACCUGUGAUAAACUCUACAUGCUUUGAAAGUGAUUCUGAAACAGGAUUUCCAACCAGGGAAAUAAAAACUUCAGAGGGUUUUUCUCCAGCAGUUACAUGUGAGUUCUUAGUGUUCUGUUGAGGAGGGUUACCAGAGGAACCCGAAGCUGAAGCUGGUCCGAGAGAUGCACGAGAGUUUGUUAAACUGAGGUGGAAGUUGAAUGUUCUGCUCUGCCCCGGUUCAUAGUUACAGGAAGAUACCAGGAUCACGAAAGGACGCUGGAUUUUCUAAAUAAAAGCCCCAAGAUGUUAGAUGACAGAAACUUAUUACAUGAUACAAAAAUAAAAACUGCCACAAACAUG